AUGUAAGACGAAGAAAAAAUUUUAGAAUAAUUAAAAGAACUUGACAAAGCAUAAGAUAAAAAUCCAGUAUACUAUAUUAAUCUAUUUAAAUCUAGGUAACUUUAGCAUCUUUAAAAACUUUAAAAUCUGCCAUAUAUAACAGAGAUGUUGAUUUAUAAACUGUAGUAAAAUUAAGAACUUUAAAUGAAACUACAUUAAAAUCAGAAAAUAUUAAAAUAUAUUUCUGUUCUCUCUGUGGAAAGAAAGCAAUAGGAGCAAAUAUUGGAUUAGAUACCCUUCCAACAAGAAGAUCAGAUAAUAGCAUUGCAAUUAAUUUAAAACAAAUUUUUAUCAGAUUAUUUCUUAAAUAAGAAGGAAUAAAAUACAUAAAACGUUCUAAUUGUAUAAUUAUUCAUCCUAUGAUUUUAAAGCUGUUGAAAAAUAAUAUAGAUGGUGUUGUGAAGAAUGUGGUGUUCAUGUAGCAUAUUAAUGUGUAAGUUAUGAAGAAGGUGCAGAAUUAAUUUAAGGGAAUUCAGAUAUUUAAUUAUCAAAUAAACCUUAUCUGUAUGUACUUAAUGAUGCAAUUGUUUUAAAUUAAUAAUUUUCAAAAUUACAUAGUGAAAUAGCUAAACUUAAAGAUCAAAUGGAAUAUGAAUAAUUAAAAUGA